GAGGAUCAACUGUAUUGAUGUCCAAUGGGACGUGCUUCACCGACAACUACUGUAGGGCGAGCUACGAGUAGAGAGGUGCCUCUUGGGGGUAAUGAGUACAGAAAACGCUCGAGCAUGUAUACGGCUCCGAUCCAAGAGGCCUUGCAGAUGGUCCGAUCGAGAAUCAGCACGGCAGCGAUUGUAGAUAGUUUAGCUCAGCACGUCCUGUGCUCCAUUAGGAGACUUUUUGGGGCCUACGGCCCCCCGGACGAAAAAUAUACAUAACAUAAC